AUGAUUGAAUCCGUAGCUGCUGGAUUGCGACAACAGUUUAAGAUAAGAGACGGCGAUGUUGUCUUGGGGUUCUGCGAGAAUUCUAUCCUCUAUCCAGCAGUGAUCUUGGCCUCAAUUGCCGCUGGAGGCGUCUUCACUGGAGCUAAUCCGACAUACACAUACUCUGAACUGGUCAAUCAGCUCACCGUCUCGGGUGCCAAAUGCAUUGUCACCGACAGCCACCGACUUGAGAUGGCGAAGAAAGCCGCAAAGGCUGCAGGCCUACCAUCCGGCUCCUUGAUCCUCAUCAACUCCAAGGACAGCAGCUCAGUCGAUGGCGCUUCAUCCUUCCAAAGCUUGUUAGGUCACGGAACGUAUUCUUGGGAGAGGAUUUCAGACCCCAAAGUUCUUGCUGAUAAGUAUGAUGCCAGCGGAGUUUCUUCCAAGUCCACAAAUACUGACAUAUCUCUUAGGCCAGCUGUUCUUAAUUUCAGCAGUGGCACGACCGGUCUCCCAAAAGCUUGUGAGGUCACCCAUCGCAACUUGGUCGCCAACGCGGAGCAGAAUCUGCAUCUUGACCGCGUGGCGAGGAAGCGAAAGAAUGACCCGACCUUUGCAGCCAACGAUGUCCACUGUGCCUUUCUCCCAUUUUACCAUGCUAUGGGCCUUAUCACCUUCUGCAUCUUGAACGUGAAACGAUGCUGCACCACCGUCAUCAUGCCAAAGUUCGAUCUGAAGUCAUUCCUCAGCACGAUCCAGAAGUUCAAAGUAACUUACCUAAUCUUUGCGCCCCCAGUGGUCUCUAUGCUCGUCAAGAGUCCCCUUGUCUCUCAGUACGAUCUCUCCAGUGUCAAGUUCCUUGUCUGUGGAGCAGCACCACUCCAGGCGGAUGUCGAAAAACGACUCGAGGCACUCUUCAGCAAGACGGGCGCCCGCAGCCGGCAAGGUUGGGGUAUGAGUGAGGCCACCAUGUCGAUCUCGAUCUUUGGGCCAGAUGAGUUUGAUCCCUCUCAUGGAAGCGUUGGAUACCUAGUGGCCAAUAUGCAGCUCCAGAUUAUCGAUGAGAAUGGCAAAGCUCUUGGCUAUGAUGAAGAAGGGGAGGCUAUACUUCGCGGACCGAAUAUUUUCAAGGGUUACUACAAGAACCCGGCUGCUACCAAGGAGUCUUUCACUGGUGAUGGUUGGCUCAAGACCGGGGAUAUUAUCAAGAUUGACAAGACUGGGUUAGUCACCAUUGUUGAUCGCAAAAAGGUUUGUAUCUGCAGGAACUCGUUCAAGGCGCGCACUAACGGUGAAUACCAGGAACUCAUCAAGGUCAAGGGAUUCCAGGUCGCGCCAUCAGAACUGGAAGGCCAUCUCUUAGAGCACGAAGGUGUCCUAGAUUGCGCUGUUAUCCGUGUUCUACGUGACGGACACGAACAUGCCCAAGCGCACAUCGUCCGGAAGAAGCCAGAUACGACCCCAGAGUCUAUCCUGUCAUUCAUGGACAAGCGCCUAUCGCCCAUCAAACGAAUCACAGGCGGCAUCGUAUUCACCGAUGCCAUUCCAAAAUCCCCUUCUGGCAAGAUUCUUCGGCGAUUGAUCAAGGAUGGCUUCGCUAGCAGGGAUCCCAGUCCUCGUCUAUGA